AUGACCACUUUCAAUCUCAAAAGCGGUUAUCAUCAUGUGCGAAUUUUGGAGGGGCACAUGCGAUAUUUUUUACCUUUCGGACUGUCCUCUGCACCAUAUAUAUUCACCAAGCUGUACUGCUUUAUCAAAGUUUGGAGAACUCAAGGAAGGGGAGUAGCUAUUUAUAUUGACGAUGGCAUUAUUUUCGAAAGGUCCGUGGAAGCAUGUUCAGAGACUGUAUAUAUUAUAAGAGCCAAUCUCAGUCGAGCAGGCUGGUUCUUCGCUCAAGAAAAGUGCAAAUGGUCUCCUUCACAAACAUGUCAAUGGCUAGGUCUUGAUGUUAACUUGUCAUCUAUGAUAAUAUCUGUCUCGACAGAGAGAUUGUCAAAAGCGAUGCAAAUACCAAAAGAAUUCACCAAAACAGCAGGCCCUCACUAUAUGACAGAUUGCGUUGGAGUGGAAUAA